AUGCCCAAUGACCUCUCGAUCCAAAUCAACGACUACGACACCUACCAGGCCGCCCCCUCCAAGCUCGACCACCUCUACUCUCAUGUGUCGCAGGUCCCCAUCAUCAGAAUCUACGGCUCCAUCUCAGUGGUGAAUCCCCACAAAAGAAGAAGACCCCAAAACGCCACCGCCCCCUCUCCUCCUUCCUCCUGUUACAACGUACUCGUCCAUGUCCACAACUUCUACCCCUACAUCUACGUUGACUGCCACGAGGACCUGCCAGGCCCUGAACACCUCCAAUACCUCACUGGCCACAUUGAAGCUGCGUUGGCGGAGUCGUUCGCGAAGUCGAGGUCUAGAGCAGCUGCUAACGACGACGACGACGACGAUGGCGACGACGACAUUGCGCCAGCCUCGCCAUCCAUCCGCAAGUACAUCGCCAAUGUCUCAGUAGGAAAAGGUACCCCCAUCUACGGAUUCCAGCUUGGGUUGCAAAAGUUCUACAAGAUCUCGUUGUUGGCAGCUCGCCACAAGACGCGCUUGAUUAAGCUCGUGCAAAGCAAAGCCAUCAACUUCAGUGGCCUCAACAGCCCGUCAGCGUCUCGAAACGUCUACGAGGGCCACUUGACCCAUCUUGUCCAGUUUCUCACCGAUUUCAACCUCUUUGGGUGCGGAUGGUUGAAUGUCAGCACCGAUGGCGUAUACUUCAGGAGCCCUAUCAUCAACCCGGCUCUAGCUCGGUUCCACACGAGCGACCAGGUCAGCACGCUCGUGGAGUUCUUACAGGCGUAUAUCAGCCAUUCCAACGUGCUAGCCAGCCUGGGGAAAGGUCAAUUGGAAUCACAGCUGGACUCGAGCACGGGAAUGGUCAAUUUUGACCGUAUUGGCAAGUCCAUGUUGGAGCUUGAUAUCACUACCAAAGAUAUCUCUAACCGCCAAUGGCUCGUCCAGAGAGACCCCCACCUGGACUUCAAUGAGUUGCGACACUUCCGGCAAAAGCUCCAGGAGGGCACCCAUACACCGACCCCGCCUCAAAUAUACCUCUCGUCGCUUCAACAUGUGGACGCUGACCUCAAAUUCCAGUGUGAAAUGAAGCAACUGACGCUAGAUAAGGCCCCAUCCAUCUACAUUCCCUCGGAAUUCCAGCUCCCUUUUGGAGUCCAUUUUUUGGGUACAGGCUCCACGACCUGGUCGAACCAAAAAGAGUUGGACGACUUGUUGGCAUACGCUAUCAAAUUAAAUACUCCAACUCAAAUGGAUAUCGACACCUAUUCAAAAAAGGUGUUGAAAAAGCCCCGUCAAAAGUCAAUUGUUUCGGCAAAGUAUCCCGAUAUUCUGUUCCGAACUUGCUUCGAAUUAGUUGACUACGAGAGUCAUCUCAAACAUCACGAUUUUGUGCUCCAAACGGGUCCAGAUCUUGUGCAAUGGACAGAUUAUGCCUCAUUAUUCACUAAUUCGUCAAAAUUGCAAAUUCCAAGUUCGUUUGAGCCCCACCCUCAUUCGCAACCGGGUUCUAUAGAUGUGGAUGUAGCAUUUGGACCUAUUGCAUAUGAAGUCCCCGUUCCAGCCGAAUUGGAAAAGUCAUUCAUAUCAGAAACAUUCGAUCAGAUGGGUAUUUUGGAGAUAAAUUAUCCAGAUCCUUUUUAUGACAAUGAGGCAGAUGUGCCAGCAAAACCUAUGGUUUUUGCGAAUAAGAAAAUCCCAGUUCCGUUAGUGAAUGAAUCCACCUUAGCUUCGUUACCAGUAUCAGCAAUGAUUGAAAAUUAUAUGAAGGAGCAUCCUGUUAAAGAGAAACACACGAAAAGUUAUGGUAAGGCCUCUUGGGAAUAUUCCAUUGAACCUCCAUCAAAAGAAGAAAUGGACGAAUGGUUGAAAGAGGAGGAAGAAUACAAAAAGCAGAAAUACUUGAAGUUCAGAUCUCAAAUUGAGCCAGGGAUUACUCAAUCGCAUUUCAAAUUCACUUAUAAUUCACUAAAGGUUCAAAGAAAACCGAACGAUUUUAAUAACCUAUCAAACUUCUUCUUAGAGAUCCACUCAAAUAAUUUUUCGAAAGAUCAUUUACCAAACCCAGCGUGUGAUCCGCCAACCAUUUUAUUAUAUCAUUUUGAUGAUGCAAACGAUAUGUUUACUAGCAAUACUUUGACUACUGGGAUUUUGAUAUUCAGCAAUAAGCAUGAAGCAAAAACCAUGUCUUCUCUUCUGCAAGCACUUGAUAUCCCCAUAGAGUUGUUCCAACACGAGCUAGAUAUGAUUAAAAGAUUAGUGGAAUUAGUCGAGUUGUUUGACCCUGAUAUUUUGUCAGGUUACGAGGUUAAUGCAUCAAGUUGGGGAUACCUCGUAGAGCGAGUUAGAACCAAAUACGACUUGAAUUUAUUGGCAAGCCUCGGAAGGGGCCAUUGGAAGAGCAAUGGUAAAUUUGGAGACCGAUGGGGUUACACACAUACAUCAAACCUCACUGUCAAUGGUAGACAUGUAUUCAAUGUUUGGCGAAUCCUCAGGUCAGAACUAAGCCUUACGUCUUAUACUUUUGAAAAUGUCUGCUUCCAUUUGCUCCAUCAGACUAUUCCAAAGUACUCAAACUAUCAGUUGACAGAGUGGUUCAACACUCCUAUCUUUCUGCUAAACAUAAUGAUGUUAAAAUACUAUCUUCAAAGGAUCGAUCUCACAUUGAAAAUGAUCACGGUUCGAGAAUUGAUCUCUAGAAAUGUCGAACACUCUAGAUUGAUUGGUAUCGAUUUCAACUCUAAUUUCUACCGUGGUUCCCAAUUUAAGGUUGAAUCCAUUUUGUCUAGAAUUACGAAGCUGGAAAACAUUCUCUUGAACUCACCAUCAAAGGACCAGGUGCAAAAAAUGCGACCUAUAGAGUGUAUUCCGUUGGUUAUGGAGCCGGACUCCAAUUUCUACAAAUCUCCUAUGGUCGUUCUCGAUUUUCAGUCUUUGUACCCGUCGAUUAUGAUUGCGUACAAUUACUGUUACUCUACAAUUGUUGCAAGGCUCCAUAAUUUCAAUCCUAAGAAAAAUAUUUUGGGGUACUUGAAACAUGUUCCGUUGCCAUCUGGUAUGAUAGAUUUAUUAAUGAAAGAGGAUGGCCUUAAUGUGUCGCCUAAUGGAUAUGUAUUUGUCAAAAGCCACAUCCGAAAAUCAAUUCUUGCUAAAAUGUUGGAGGAGAUCUUAAAUACAAGAAUUUUAGUCAAAACAGUUAUGAAGCUAUUCAAGGAAGAUAAGGAGUUGAACAAGCUUUACAAUGCGAGACAAUUAGCAUUGAAAUUAAUAGCUAAUGUUACAUAUGGUUACACAUCAGCUACAUUUAGUGGUCGAAUGCCAAACCUGGAUGUUUCUGAUGCAAUUGUUGCUACUGGAAGGGAGAUAUUAACUCAAUCAAUUGAGCUUAUCGAGGGAGGAGAUUUUGGUGCCAAAGUGGUGUACGGUGACACCGAUUCUCUUUUCGUGUACUUUCCAGGCAAAUCGAAAGAUGAAGCAUUUCGAAUAGGAAAGAACAUAGCAGAAUAUGUUACUAACCAAUUCCCUGAUCCUAUUUUUCUCAAAUUUGAAAAGGUUUACCAUCCAUGUGUAUUGUUAAGCAAGAAGCGGUAUGUUGGUUAUAAGUUCGAAUCUGAGGACCAAAAAGUUGCUUCAUUUGAGGCGAAAGGGAUAGAAACUGUCAGAAGGGACGGGAUUCCAGCACAGCAAAAAAUUGUUGAAAAAGCAUUAAGGAUUCUAUUUGAGUCCAAGAACUUGUCUAAUGUUAAACACUAUACCCUAACCCAAUUUCUCAAGAUUGUUACGAACAAAAUAGCAAUCAACGACUUCUGUUUUGCAAAGGAGGUCAGAUACGGAACCUAUAAAGAUGAGCGGUACUUGCCACCUGGAGCAAUUAUCGCAGAAAAGAAUGUUAUCAAAGAUGCACGCAAGGAACCCCAGUACAGGGAAAGGGUUGCUUACUUGGUUAUUAAAGACUCGUCGAAACCUAGAAUCAAAGACCGGUGUAUAACCCCCGAAGAAUUCUUGGAGAGUUUCAAAACCUCAAGUCCAUACAACUUGGACUAUGACUACUAUAUUACCCGUGUACUCAGUCCACCAUUGGAAAGAAUAUUCAACUUAAUCGGAGCAGAUAUCAAGGCCUGGUAUAGGGAGAUUCCGAAAUUUAUCAAGGGCACAAUGACAAACAAGGGUAUGGAAACGAAGACUCUGUUAGAUUUGAACGAAUUUAUUCAGGCCAACUCUUGCCUAAAUUGCAGCACCGAAUUGCCUGCGAUGUACGAUUUCAUGCUUUGUCGGGAAUGCAAAAGCGAUGAAUUACGACUAAUGACUAAUUUUUCUAUGGAUCGAAAGCAUAGCCAGUUAAAGCGUUUUGGUGUGGAUCAAAUAUGCGACUCGUGUGUAACGACUAACCUCCUGGUUGCUGGUGGUGUUGUCAAGAACUUUUGUAUGGAGGAGUGCUCGAACUACAGUUGUAACGUCUUGUAUCGGAAAGCAGCGGUGAGGAAUGAAGGACGCAUAAAUGAGGAGAUUAGUGCAAGAGUUUUCGAUGAAAUGGAGUGGUAG